AUGGGUAGAGACACUAUUGCUGAGAUAAUAACCUCGAUACGAAAUGCCGAUAUGGAUAGAAAAAGAGUUGUUCGCAUAGCAUCUACUAAUAUUACCAAAAAUAUUGUUAAAAUCCUUUUCCGAGAAGGUUUUAUCGAAAACGUCCGAAAACAGAGAGAAAAAGACAACUAUUUUUUGGUUUUAACCCUGGGACAUAGAAGAAAUAGGAAAAGACCCUAUAGAAAAUUUUUAAAUUUAAAACGGAUUAGCCGACCGGGUCUACGAAUCUAUUCCAACUCUCAACAAAUUCCUAGAAUUUUGGGUGGGAUGGGAAUUCUAAUUCUUUCUACUUCUCGAGGCAUAAUGACAGACCGGGAGGCUCGACUACAAGGAAUCGGCGGAGAAAUUUUGUGUUCCGUAUGGUAA